AUGCCGCCGAACCGCACGGCCGCCGCCUUCUCCGCGAAGCCUCCCGUGAAGAGCGACCGGGGGAAGCGGCCGAUGGGCGCCGGUUCACGGUUCAGGCCCGCGUGCACCACCCAGUCUCCCGACGCGCCGCCCUGCUUGACGAUCUUAAGGUUCAGGUUCUGCUUGGUGCCGCCGCCCUUGGGAUUGGGAGGGGAGACGUUCUGGAUCACGUCGCCGGGAGCUAUGGCUGCGCCUUUCUCCGCCUGGAAUCCGGCGCACCGGCGGUGCCUUGCCUUCCUUCGGCUCCUUGGCACUGUUUUGUGGGUGACACGGCAAAAUUUUCUCACUCGUGGACAAUACCCGGCCACUCCAAACCCUAACCCAGUUACGCCCCGAGAGGCCCAAACUUCUCCCCCACGCGCCGCCACAAGACAUCCUCCACCGGAUCCAGCCCUCCGGCUAUCACUUCACCGCCGCCACCUCAGAGGUCUUCUCGACGCCCGCGCCGCCACCCACAGGGGCCUCCUCAAUGCCCGUGUCGGCGCCCUCAGGGGCUUCCCCAGUGACCACGCUGCCGGCCCCCAGGGGCUCCCCGUCGACCGCGUUGCCGGCCCCCAGGGUCCUCCCGGCCAACCACGCCGCCGCCCCCAAGGGGAUCUACGUCUAUUCUCUCAGAUCCGUUCCUAUUUUCUUGCCUACACGGGAUCUAUUCCAAGGAAGGAAGGUUCAUACAGGAUGCUUCACAGGUGUUUGAUGGAAUUCCCAGGUGUUCGUACAUACUGCAUUCUCAAGUAUUCUGAGCAUGAUGCAAAGACAAAACAAAUUCGUAGCGGUGGGCACCUUACAAACUCAUCCUUUUGCAUUACUUCAGUUCAAAUUCAAGCGAACUUAGUUAACCUUUAGUGUAGUUAAAUAGAAGCCAUGUUGAGGUGUCAUUCAUUUGUAAGACUUCUGUGUACUAUUCAUUUUUCAUUCUAAUGCCAAUAACUUGAUGGAUUAACCUGAACUGUAUCAUACGAAUUGAUUUGAGGAUGCAUCUGAUUUGCAAUUAAAGACGAGUCUAAUUUUUUUU